UAUUUCCAGGCGGACAGCGGUUAUUUCCUGUUGUCCACAAGUCAUAACAGUCCGCCAGAAAACAGCAUGCUAAUGCCGAGAGUAAAGGAAAAAUAUAUAUUAUAGCAGAAUAACAUGAAUUGACGCCAUUAUUCUACGACGUAAUGUUUACAUAUAAUUAGCAACCUUGCAGAAGUGGAUUUUCUCGGGUUUACAAUGACGAAGUAGCUAAGUUAAAAGGUCGUGACUGACCUGUCUGAACACUCAUUAUAUUGAAAACACACGUGUCAUUGAGGAUGUGGAGGGCAGGUUGCUUCCCCAGUUUGAGGCUGGCAGGGAGAGGAGAGCUCAGACUCUUUUCCAGCAACCCAUCAAAAUCUUCAUCAUCCUCUUCAUCUCAGUCAAAUUCCUCUCCACGGCCCCGAACUGAGAAACAGAGGCGUAGACGAGAGCGGGAGGAGGCCAUACUGUCAAGUCAACACAGUACUGCUGAGGAUAAAUCGGUGAAAUGGAGUGAGAAGCAGAAGAUAGUGUACACUGCUCAAACACCUCCUGGGACAAAGAAAGACACCAGCCUGCCAUUCCCACCCUCAUACAGUCCAGAGUAUGUGGAGUCCAGCUGGUAUCAGUGGUGGGAGAAAGAAGGAUUCUUCAGUCCAGAGCAACAUGAGCGGUUAUCUCACACUGUGGAUCAGACCUUCUCUCUGUGUAUCCCUCCACCAAACGUGACUGGUACUUUGCACCUGGGUCAUGCUCUGACUGUAGCUGUAGAAGACGCUCUGGUUCGAUGGAGAAGGAUGCAGGGCUACAGAGUACUGUGGGUUCCCGGAUGUGACCAUGCAGGUAUUGCAACACAGACUGUGGUGGAGAGAAGACUGCUGAGGGAAAAAGGAAAGAGUAGACAGGACUUCACCAGGGAAGAGUUUCUACAGGAAGUGUGGAAAUGGAAGAAAAAGAAAGGAGAAGAGAUCUACCACCAGCUGAGGAGGCUCGGCGCUUCUCUGGAUUGGAACAGAGCCUGUUUCACUAUGGAUCCAGGUUUCAGCAGGGCUGUGACUGAGGCCUUUGUCCGGCUGUGUGACUCUGGUCUGAUCUAUCGCUCAGAGGGUUUGGUCAAUUGGAGCUGUGCUCUGGAAUCAGCUAUCUCUGACAUAGAGGUUGACUCAAAGGAGCUGUCUGGGCAAACCAUGUUGUCUGUUCCUGGUUAUGAAAACAAGGUGGAGUUUGGAACAAUGCUUACCUUUGCAUACCCCAUAGAAGGCGUUGAUGAAGAGGUGGCGGUGUCUACCACUCGUCCUGAGACUAUGCUGGGAGAUGUGGCUAUAGCUGUUCACCCUGACGAUCCUCGAUAUCAGGCUGUGCAUGGGAAGCAGUGCAGACACCCCUUCACCAACAGACUCCUGCCCAUCAUCACUGAUUCAAUGGUGGACAUGGAGCUUGGAACUGGUGCAGUAAAGGUGACUCCUGCUCAUGACCACACUGAUUUCCUGCUGUCACAGAGACACUCGCUGCCACGCCUUACUGUGAUUAGAGGAGACGGGACCAUGACACCCCCUAGUGGACAGUGGCUAGAGGGAGUGAAGCGUUUUGAUGCCAGGCAGCUUGUUGUGGAUGCACUGGUUGAGAAGAAGCUGUUCAGAGGAAAGAAGAAUCAUGCCAUGACUUUACCCAUCUGCAGCCGUUCAGGAGACAUCAUUGAACCUCUUCUAAAGAAGCAGUGGUUCGUCCGCUGUGAUCAAAUGGCUAAAAAAGCCAUACAGGCUGUUGAUGACGGACAGCUGGAAAUAAUUCCUCACUUCUACACCAAGACAUGGAAGAAGUGGCUGUCCAACAUCAGUGAUUGGUGCAUUUCCAGGCAGCUUUGGUGGGGUCAUCAGAUUCCUGCUUAUCAAGUGGAGCUUCCUAAUUGUACUGACAAAGAAGAGGAGCAGUGGGUUUGGGGACAGAACAAGGACGAGGCCCGACAGAGAGCUGCCGUCAAAUAUGGAGUGAGGCCGGAAGCCAUCACUUUGACUCAGGACCCUGAUGUCCUGGAUACGUGGUUCUCCUCAGGGCUAUUUCCCUUUGCCAUGCUUGGCUGGCCAGAACAGACCACUGACUUUCAGCACUACUACCCCAAUUCUAUUCUGGAGACGGGCAAUGACCUCAUCUUCUUCUGGGUAGCGAGGAUGGUAAUGCUGGGCACAGAGCUGACUGGACAGCUUCCCUUUAAGCAGGUUCUGUUUCACUCUCUGGUGAGAGAUAAACAUGGCAGGAAAAUGAGUAAAUCUCUCGGAAAUGUCAUCGACCCAUUAGAUGUUAUUCAUGGAGUCUCUCUGGAGAGACUUCAGAAGAAAGUGAUGGAAGGGAACCUUGACCCCAGGGAGCGACUGGUUGCCAUGGAAGCACAGAAGAAAGACUUCCCCAAAGGGAUCCCUCAGUGUGGGACUGAUGCUAUGAGAUUCGCCCUUUGCUCUCACAAGAUGCAGGGAGAAGACAUCAGUUUGUCCAUCUCUCAGGUCCUGAGAUGCAGACACUUUUGCAAUAAAAUGUGGCAGACUCUGAGAUUCACACUGGGAGUGUUGGGUGAUAACACAGCACCAGUGCAAACACUGGUAGAGACAACUCCUCUGAGCAGCAUGGACCGGUGGAUCUGCUCCAGACUCUACAGCACAGUAUUACAGUGUGAGCAGGCUUUUGAAACUUAUGAGCUACACACUAUCACAUCUGCCCUGUACUCCUUCUGGGUCCACAGCCUGUGUGAUGUCUACAUGGAGUAUGUGAAGCCAGUGCUGGUCCAGCAGGAUGAGGAGGCAGUGGUCCACCCGGACAAAGGGCACAGUGACAGAGGAAAGCAGGUGUCCAGAGGUGUCCUCUAUCACUGUGUGUCUACAUCUCUGGCCUUGCUCUCACCUUUCAUGCCCUUCAUCACUGAGGAGCUGUGGCAGAGACUCCAGCCAUUCCAACCUGGAGCUGCUGCGCAGACCAGCCUGUGUUUACAGCCAUACCCCUGCUCCUCUCAGAUGGCACACUGGCAUUUCCCUGAAGAGGAAAGAGCUUUCCUGCUUGUCCAGGAAGUGAUCCGAAUGGCCCGCUCACUAAGAGCCCAGUGUGGCAUGACCAAAGAAAAACCUGCCAUGUGGGCAGUGUGUUCACCCAACCAGGCCCAGGACCUCCUUCACUUUGGGUCAGCUGUUUGGACUUUAGGCCGGAUCUCCAGCCUCCAUAUUUACUGUCCUCAUAGAGCAGACAACCUCCACUCCACUCCUCCACCUAAAGGAAGCCUCAUAGGUGUGGUGGACCACACAUGUCAGCUACACCUUCACGUUCAGAGUGGAAUGAAUGUUGACAAACAGAUCCUGCAGCUCUCCCAGCGCAGGGACAAGCUUGUUCCGAAGCUGGAGGAAAUCCUCUGCAGAGUCCGAUCUCCAAACUACCGGACCAAGGUUCCUGCUCAUGUCAGGCAGCAGAUGGACAAUAAGGUGUCAGCCUUGCAGCAGGAACUGAAAACUAUUGAGGACCAGCUGAAGGUGCUGCAAGAGACUCAAACAACAGAAUAACUAUAGCCGAAAGGCAGUACUGCUGGACAUCAGAACUGAUGAACUUGAUGAAUUAUUUAUAUUUUCUGAACUUGACAUCUCUACACUGCUUGAAUGAAUGAGACAUUGCAUUGUAUAAUUAAUAUGUUGUUCACAUAAUGAUCAUAAUCUCACUGUCAAACAGACACUGCAGUACUGCACUGUAUAAUUAACAAUUCGCCUGCAGCAGGACUUAUGGGAGGCUGCAGGUAUCCACGGAAAGGAACAUAAAUGUGUUUUGUUAAUGCACAGAGGCCAUAAUGGAAGUCUUCAUCAGCUCAUUGGUUGCUCCUUAACAGCAGGUAUUUGUGUCCUGUCAUGGCCUUUCAAGAACGGUGAUCACAAAUGGCUUUUCUGUUAACAAUCCCUCAUAGUUGUCAUUGUUUUUAAAAUGAAUGUGUCUUUUCCCUAAACUUGA